UCGGAGGCCCCCGGGAUAUCGGAGGAGCGGGAGGUCACGACAGAAACGACUGGUUCCCCCAUAAUUUUCAACCCUCACACCGCACUGUCCAUCGAGAAGCAGCGGCAGAAACUACCUGUUUUCAAGGUUGCUCAACCUCAUCUUUAGGCACCUCAUGUAACUAGUAGAUGAGUAAUAUGGUUAUAGCUUCACCUUGCCCCCCUAUCCAAUCCAAUCAGAUCUGGCAGCCUAUGUGGGGUUGAAACAUGCAAGGGCCACUAGGCCGAAGUUGAUGUCUUCACUGACAGACAGAUCAUCUAGAUGCAAUCAAAUGAUUUACUUUUAUCAUCCACUCUCAUUAGUAUAGUGUUUUUUAUUGUUUCUACUAAAUCAUAGGAGUCCCGUUGACAUGUUGUCUGCCAUGUUGUUUUCAGCACAGAAACAACAUCCUCUACUUGGUGGAGAGUUACCAGACAGUGAUCAUCGUAGGAGAGACAGGAUGUGGGAAGACUACACAGAUCCCCCAGGUUUGGAUAAGCUUCCCCUUUGGCGUUCAUUGUAGAGGUAAUAUACAGUAGCCAGGCUUGACAACGACAGAGUUGGCUCAAGCAGCAGUUCAUAUCUGUCUAGUUCUAACUAAAUAUGAAGGAUUUUGACUAUUCUCAUGAAAUAGGACUGAUUUAAAAUAGAAGUUGGUGUAGGGGAACACUUGACCCAUUACUGUGGAGAAUACUAAGGACACACCAGUCUUCCACUGUAGCCAAGUUGAGUUGUUGUGCAGCCAGUAGAACAGCCUCCAGGCAGGACACUGCAGCAGUGGACUGAUACCCUUCACACAGCCUCCUUCCCAUGGAGAGGGAGAGUGACCUUGUCCGCUGCUUACUAGCCUCUUCUCUUCUAUGCAGCCAGAGUUCGGAGCAAAUCAAGUGGGACUUAAUUUCUGCUGAGUAUGCUGUCCUAGACUUUAUAUUGAUGCCCCUCGCUCUCUUGCUCUCUCACGCUCCCCCUUGUCCUCUGUCUUUCUCUUGCUCUUCUGCACCCCUCUCUUCCCCUCUCUCUUACCCCUUCCUUUCUUUCUCCACCUCAGUAUUUGCUGGAGGCUGGCUGGGCAGCUGACGGGAAGGUGAUUGGUGUGACACAGCCUCGUAGAGUGGCUGCUAUAUCAGUAAGUACUCCUAUCUCGCUCACACUCUCCUUAAGCUCUGCUGGCCCUGUGGACUUCUUAGCUGCCCUGAAUAUCAAAUAGUCCCCUUCUAUAAUUUUAAAGAGUUGCAAAAAAUGAUGUAACUUACUUUUAUUAAAAUAACUGUAUUUGGGUACUUUUUAAGAGACAGUUCUGCCUGACUGAGGUUGUUUCCCCUCUCUUCCUGUCAGGUAGCCAACCGUUUGGCAGAAGAGCGUGGAGCCCUGUUGGGGCAUGAGGUGGGCUAUACCAUCCGCUUUGAUGACUGCUCUGAUCCCCAUGCCACCCGCAUUAAGGUACUACAGCCAGCCUGUCGUCAUGUCCCCUGACACAUAGUGGUACCAUCAAUUCCUUUUAUUGGAUGUUUUCCUUACAGGAAUUUUCUUUAUUUCUUUCUCUCUCAGUUCCUGACAGAUGGGAUGCUGGUGAGAGAGAUGAUGGCUGAUCCUCUACUGAAGAAGUACAGGUAAAUAACUACACUAACAAACUGAGCUAGUAUUGGCUACGCAAUACUAGCCUCAGACUGAAUAUCAAUGGUGGAUUCAAUGUCUGGGUUCAUCCUGUUGUAACCCCAGGGAUCUGUCUGUCUAUCUUUCCUCCUCAGUGUUCUAAUGCUCGACGAGGCCCAUGAGAGAACCCUCUACACGGACAUAGCCAUCGGCCUGCUAAAGAAGGUAGCUUCUGUGCAUGUCUCUUUAAUGCUGGAAUCCUUAAUUGAAACGAUAGCAAAGCGGUUACCCUGCCUAUGUUUUGGUAAAAAGCUGAGGGAUGUGCCUGGAGAAAUGUAACCACUCUCAAAUUCAAAGCCAGAGCUAUGUAUCCAAGGACCAUGAUAUCAAAAUUAGAGUUUUAACCAUGUUUUGAGGCUAUACAGUGUUACAUUGACUUUGUUUACAAACAUUAGAGUAUAACAAGCUUAUAUUUUGGGUUUCUGAUGGGGUACGACAGUUGAACUAAGCUCUUCAGGCAUUUAUAAGUUAUCUUCAAGAAUCAAUGGGUGUAUAUAUAAAUAAUUUAUAAGUUAAAAAUGGUAUGUAGCAGCUAGGGAUUCACAGCUUUAACAGCUCUAUAUCUUCACUCGGAUUGGACCGGGUCCGCUGUAAUGUAUUUAAACUGACAAUGCAUUCGGUUAGGCUUACAAUGCAUCUGAAAUAUAUUACAUCCGUGAAAUAAACCUUUCUCCUCGUUUCAUCCUCCUUUAGAUUCAGAAGAAGCGCAGAGACCUCAGGCUGAUAGUGGCCUCAGCCACCCUGGAUGCCAAGGUGAUUCUCUGCUUCAUUAAGAUGGACAGAUAUGCUUCAGUACAGAGAAACAAAGGAACAGAAAGAGAGGGAGAGAUGAGCUGAUGUCCUGAGAGACCACAGUGCAUUGACAUCUGAAAUGUACCACAAAGACAGUGCAGACAGACAGACGCAGUUGGCUCAUGACUGCGUCACAGUCAGUCAACAAACCAGAUGGGACAUCGGGCUGUAUUUAUUUUUUUAUCUUGUGCUGAAAUGGUUUUUAUGUUUGCCAACUCAGCAAUUUUUGCUUCAUAGGCAUUCCUCAGAAAUGUUGUAGUAAUACUCUUCCCUGUGUAGCGCAGCCAAAUCUCAGCUAAAUCUUGCUUUAGUGACAGAAAAAGUUACAUUUCACAUUUGCAAAUACAGUUGGAUAAAAUAUGUAUUUUGUCUUCUUUAGAAAAUAACAACUCCUUUGUUGUGGUCAUGCCAGUGACAAGCCUGGUUACCUGGCUACGUCUAACCCACUCAUAUGUUGUUAUCACAUUGGCUGCAGAAAUUCCAAGAGUUCUUUAACCUGAAUGAGACUGGAGAUCCUAACAAGGAUACGUGUGGAAUUCUGACGGUGGAGGGACGCACCUUCCCUGUUGACGUCUUCUACACUGUCAGGUAUUCCAUGGAAUUCUGAGAGUCUCUUCUGUCUCCAACCCUGUCACAGACUAUCACAUUCUACAGCCCCACAUCGUUAAUGUUUCAUUGGUGUCAGUAUUAAUGAAGCUCAGGACAGACCGAGUUGAGCAUCUCCUCACAUUGUCUCCUUUCUCUGUCCCCAGCCCAGUCCUAAUAGUGUCUCCCCUCUCUCUCUGUCCCCAGCCCAGUCCUAAUAGUGUCUCCCCUCUCUCUCUGUCCCCAGCCCAGUCCUUAUACACUGUGUCCCCUCUCUCUCUGUCCCCAGCCCUUAUACACUGUCUCCCCUCUGUCCCCAGCCCAGUCCUUAUACACUGUCUCCCCUCUCUGUCCCCAGCCCAGUCCUUAUACACUGUCUCCCCUCUCCCUUUCGCUCUCUCUCUUUGUGUGUGUGUCUAGUCCUUAAACACUGUCUCCCCUCUGUCCCCAGCCCAGUCCCAGACUAUGUGAAGGCCACAGUGGAGACGGUGAUGAAGAUCCAUGAGACUGAGGAUGAUGGAGAUGUUCUGGCCUUCCUCACUGGACAGGUGUGUUUCUCUUAGGGUUUGAUUUUGAGCUGGGUACUUUUUGUCAUGUGACCUGUGUGUGUUACCUGUCCUGUAGGAGGAGGUGGAGAAGGUGGUGUCUCUGCUCCAGGAGCAGGCCAGAGCUCUGGGCCGUCUCGGCAUGAAGAAAUACCUCAAGGUGCUGCCCAUGUACGCAGGUCUGCCCUACGCUGACCAGAUGAAGGUGUUUGAGAGGACGCCCCCUACUGUCCGCAAGGUGAAUCUCAAUCUGCGUCUGUGCGCCGUCCCAAUGUCCCUACCCAGUGGUCAUCAACCCUGGUCAGUGGAAUGUUAAAUUAGUUGUUGUUACUGGGCUGGCACAAAUGCCUGCACACCUUAUAGUUCUCCAGGACCAGGGUUGGUGAGAGCUGGUCUAGGGGGACUGCAUAUGAUGCAUGUAUCACAAUCAGCAUCAUAAAGAGAUGCAGGGUCCAACAUAAACGCUUGUCCUCUUGUCCAGGACAAGAAGAAGAAAAAAAAGUUGGACAAGAAUAUAGAUUUAGGUUGUCCAAAUAUCAAACAAUUACUCCGAUCAGAGAGGCUUACAUUGAAAUACAUUUUUCAUGUACAUAAAUAAAAAUGCCUACAGUGCCUUCAAAAAGUAUUCACUCUAGUGGUCUUCACAGAUCCAAAAAGUUGGACCGGUUCUGAAAUGGACCUGGGGCUUUCCCACCCGGACCCGAUAUGCAUAAUUUUUUUAAAUAUAGAGACCCAUUCCGAACGGACCCUAGGACCUCUAGACCCAUUCCGUAUAGUCCUAGGAGGACCCGGUCCAAUCCGAGUGAAGGAAGCAGCAGAAAAGUAGUCUUUUUUAAAUCAGAUUUUUUAACUGGAGCUGAUAAAGCGCGAGAGCAGGGAGAGAGGUACCGCUCUAGCAGGCGGGGAAGGGGCCGUACUGUGAGCGAGUGACAUGGGGAGGAGAGAGGGAGAGACGGCAACCAACCAACCAAGCAGUCUCGCGUUAUAGUAGACUAAGAGCUGCCGUAGCUAGGUUAUUUAUCAUCAAAUAUGAUUACAUAGUACCUGUCUUGGACUGCAUCAAACCUGGAGAAGCUAGCUAACAUUAGCUAGCUAGGCUAACUGAGGCUGCAGUGCAUGCGCUUUCUCAUCUUAGUUACAAAUAACUACUCCAUUCAGAAUAUUAAGUAGCAGCCUACCUGUUGGCUCUUGGUCAUUGUAGCCUAUCCUUCUCCUUUAACUUUUUAUUCUUUCAUUUUAAUUCCAUCUUCCAUUGAUUAGAUAUCUCCUAACUUUAGCCACACAUGGAGGCUCUAUGACUGUAGCCUAUUACCGCUUUGAUGACUUAUGAUUGGCCAAGAGAAAGCGCCACACUCCACUCUCAUGAAAAGCAAGAGCAGCAGUAUAAAUGAUAAAAUGUCUCUCUCUACUGCAGCAGUCGCGUUCGGAUCUGUACGGGCCAUUCCGGACAAGUCAGUUAAAAUUACACAUACCUGAGAACCGUGACAAGCAUAUCAGAUCCGACCCAGACCCGUGACAUUAUUUCGAAUUCUGCAUCUGGACCCGGUCCCGGAUCGGGUCUCGGGUAUUCGGGUGCAGGAGGAUCCGUGAUGACCUCUAAUUCUCACCCCUUGACUUUUUCCACAUUUUGUUGUGUUACAGCCUGAAUUUAAAAUGGAUUAAAUUGAGAUUUUGUGUCAGAGGGGGGAAAAGCAUUCAUUGAAUAUCCCUUUGAGCAUGGUAAAGUUAUUAAUUACACUUUGGAUGGUGUAUCAAUACACCCAGUCACUACAAAGAUACAGGCGUCCUUCCUAACUCAGUUGCCGGAGAGGAAGGAAACCGCUCAGGGAUUUCACCAUGAGGCCAAUGGUGACUUUAAAACAGUUAGAGUUUAAUAGCUGUGAUAGGAGAACUGAGGAUGGAUCGGAUCAACAACAUUGUAGUUAUUCCACAAUACUAACUUAAAUGACAGAGUGAAAAGAAGGAAGCCUGUACAGAAUAAAAAUAUAAUGACGCACUAAAGUAAAACUGCUAAAAAUGUGGCAAAGAAAUGAAAUGUAUGUCCUGAAUACAAAGCGUUGUGUUUGGGGAAAAUCCAAUCCAACACAUCACUUAGUACCACUCUCCAUAUUUUCAUGCAUGGUAGUGGCUGCAUCAUGUUAUGGGUGUGCUUGUCAUCGGCAAGGACUAGGAAGUUUUUUAUGAUAAAAAUAAAUGGAAUAGAGCUAUGCACAGGCAAAAUUCUAGAGGAAAACCUAGUUCAUUCUGCUUUCCAACAGACACUGGGAGAUAAAUUCACCUUUCAGCAGGACAAUAACCUAAAACACAAGGGCAAAUAUACAGUCGUGGUCAAAAGUUUUGAGAAUGACAUAAGUAUUGGUCUUCACAAAGUUCGCUGCUUCAUUGUUAUGAGAUAUUUUUGUCAGAUGUUACUAUGGUAUACUGAAGUAUAAUUACAAGCAUUCCAUAAGUGUAAAAGGCUUUUAUUGACAAUUACAUUAAGUUUAUGACAAUAUUUGCAGUGUUGACCCUUCUUUUUCAAGACCUCUGCAAUCCGCCCUGGCAUGCUGUCAAUUAACUUCUGGGCCACAUCCUGACUGAUGGCAGCCCAUUCUUGCAUAAUCAAUGCUUGGAGUUUGUCAGAAUUUGUGGGUUUUUGUUUGUCCACCCGCCUCUUGAGGAUUGACCACAAGUUCUCAAUGGGAUUAAGGUUUGGGGAGUUUCCUGGCCAUGGACCCAACAUUUCAAUGUUUUGUUCCCCGAACCACUUAGUUAUCACUUUUGCCUUAUGGCAAGGUGCUCCAUCAUGCUGGAAAAGGCAUUGGUCGUCACCAAACUGUUCUUGGAUGGUUGGGAGAAAUUGCUCUCGGAGGAUGUGUUGGUACCAUUCUUUAUUCAUGGCUGUGUUCUUAGGCAAAAUUGUGAGUGAGCCCACUCCCUUGGCUGAGAAGCAACCCCACACAUGAAUGGUCUCAGGAUGCUUUACUGUUGGUAUGACACAGGACUGAUGGUAGCGCUCACCUUGUCUUCUCCGGACAAGGUGUUUUCCGCAUGCCCCAAACAAUCGGAAAGGGGAUUCAUCAGAGAAAAUGACUUUACCCCAGUCCUCAGCAGUCCAAUCCCUGUACCUUUUGCAGAAUAUCAGUCUGUCCCUAAUGUUUUUCCUGGAGAGAAGUGGCUUCUUUGCUGCCCUUCUUGACACCAGGCCAUCCUCCAAAAGUCUUCGCCUCACUGUGCAUGCAGAUGCACUCUCACCUGCCUGCUGCCAUUCCUGAGCAAGCUCUGCACUGGUGGUGCCCCGAUCCCGCAGCUGAUUCAUCUUUAGGAGACGGUCCUGGUGCUUGCUGGACUUUCAUGGGCACCCUGACGCCUUCUUCACAACAAUUUAACCCCUCUCAUUGAAGUUCUUGAUGAUCCGAUAAAUGGUUGAUUUAGGUGCAAUCUUACUAGCAGCAAUAUCCUUGCCUGUGAAGCCCUUUUUGUGCAAAGCAAUGAUGACGGCACGUGUUUCCUUGCAGGUAACCAUGGUUAACAGAGGAAGAACAAUGAUUUCAAGCAUCACCCUCCUUUUUAAAGCUUCCAGUCUGUUAUUCUAACUCAAUCAGCAUGACAGUGAUCUCCAGCCUUGUCCUCGUCAACUCUCACCUGUGUUAACGAGAGAAUCACUGCCAUGAUGACAGCUGGUCCUUUUGUGGCAGGGCUGAAAUGCAGUGGGAAUGUUUUUUUGGGGAUUAAGUUCAUUUUCAUGGCAAAGAGGGACUUUGCAAUUCAUCUGAUCACUCUUCAUGACAUUCUGGAGUAUAUGCAAAUUGCCAUCAUCAAAACUGAGGCAGCAGACUUUGUGAAAAUUAGUAUUUGUGUCAUUCUCAAAACUUUUGACUACGACUGUACACUGGAGUUGCUUACCAAGACUACAUUGAAUGUCCCGGAGUGGCCUAGUUAAAGUUUUGACGUUAAAUUGGCUGGAAAACCUAUGGCUGUCUAACAAUGAUCAACAACGAACUUGACAGAGCUUGAACAAUUAAAAAAGAUAAUGUGCAAAUAUUGUUCAAAUUCCAGGUGUGCAAAGCGCUUACAGAUUUACCCCAAAAUACUCACAGCUGUAAUCAUUGCCGAGGGUGAUUCUAACAUGUAUUGACGCAGGGGUGUGAAUACCUAUGUAAAUUAGAUAUUUCUGUAUUUCAUUUUCAAUAAAUUAGCAAAAAUUUCUGAUAACAUGUUUUCACUUUGCUGUUAUGGGAUAUCGUGUGUAGAGUUUCUUGGCAAUUUAUAGCAUGGAAUAGCCUUAAUUUCUCAGAACAAGAAUAGACUGACGAGUUUCAGAAGAAAGUUAUUUGUUUCUGGCCAUUUUGAUUCUGUAAUCGAACACAAAAUUGCUGAUGCUCCAGAUACUCAACUAGUCUCAAAAAGGCCAGUUUUAUUGCUUCUUUAAUCAACACAACAGUUUUCAGCUGUGCUAACAUAAUUGCAGAAGGGUUUUCUAAUGAUCAAUUAGCCUUUUAAAAUGACAAACUUGGAUUAGCAAACACAAUGUGCCAUUGGAACAGAGGACUGAUGGUUGCAGAUAAUGGGCCUCUGUACGCCUAUGUAGAUAUUCCAUAAAAAAUCAUCUGUUUCCAGCUACAAUAGCCAUUUACAACAUUAACAAUGUCUACGCUGUAUUUCUGAUCAAUGUGAUGUUAUUUUAAUGGACAAAAAAAUGCUUUUCUUUCGAAAACAAAGACAUUUCUAAGUGACCCCAAACUUUUGAACGGUAGUGUAGGCAAAAACGGCAGUCAUGUUUGAAAAAUAUAAUGAAGGAUAAUGAACAUUAACGUCUAAAGUCUUGAUUCUGUCAACAUACUGGAGGCAUGGUAGUGUUCAGAUCAAAUGGUCACAUUAGCGGAGGCAGUCAGCAUUUUGAAACUGUUUAACCAUAAACGUAAUUGUUUAAAACCUGGAUGUUUUAUGUCAUUUUUUGAUGCAUGUCUUAUUUUAUUUCAAAGUAGCCUAGCCAAAACACAACCAUAGAAAUGUUGAGGGAAUUACAUUACAUGGCCAAAUGUAUGUGGACCCCUUUCAAAUUAGUGGAUUCUGCUAUUUCAGCCACACCUAUUGCUGACAGGUGUUUAAAAUCGUGCACACAGCCAGGCAAUCUCCGUAGACAAACAUUGGCAGUAGAAUGGCCCGUACUGAAGAGCUCCGUGACUUUCAACAUGGCACUGUCAUAGGAUGCAACCUUUCCAACAAGUCAGUUCGUCAAAUGUCUGCCCUGCUAGAGCUGCCCCGAUCAACUGUAACAUCUAUUAUUGUGAAGGGGAAACAUCUAGGAGCAACAACUGCUCAGCCACGAAGUGGUAGGUCACACAAGCUCACAGAACUGGACCGCCAAGUGCUGAAGCGCGUAAAAAUCAUCUGUCCUCGGUUGCAACACUCACUACCGAGUUCCAAACUGCCUCUGGAAGCAACGUCAGCACAAUAACUGUUCGUUGGGAGCUUCAUGAAAUGGGUUGACAUGGCCGAGCAGCCACACACAAGCGUAAGAUAACUAUGCGCAAUGCCAAGCGUCGGCUGGAGUGUUGUAAAGCUCGCCACCAUUGGACUCUGGAGCAGUGUAAACGCUUUCUCUGGAGUGAUGAAUCACGCUUCGCCAUCUGGCAGUCCGACGGACAAAUCUGGGUUUGGCGGAUGCCAGGAGAACACUACCUGUUCGACUGCAUAGUGCCAACUGUAAAGUUUGGUGGAGGAGGAAUAAUGGUCCUGGGGCUGUUUUUCAUGGUUCGGGCAAGGCCCCAUAGUUCCAGUGAAGGGAAAUCUUAACGCUACAGCAUACAAUGACAUUCCAGACGAUUAUGUACUUCCAGCUUUGUGGCAGCAGUUUGGGGAAGGCCUUUUCCUGUUUCAGCAUGAAAAUGCCCCCGUGCACAAAGUGAGGUCCAUUCAGAAAUGGUUUUUCGAGAUCGGUGUGGAAGAACUUGACUGGCCUGCACAGAACCCUGACCUCAACUCCAUCGAACACCUUUGGGAUGAAUUGGAACGCCGACUGCGAGCCAGGCCUAAUCACCCAACAUCAGUGCCUGACCUCGCUAAUGCGCUUGUGGUUGAAUGGAAGCCCCGUGUAGCUCAGUUGGUAGAGCAUGGCGCUUGCAACGCCAGGGUUGUGGGUUCGUUUCCCACGGGGGGCCAGUAUGAAAAAAUUUAUGCACUCACUAACUAAGUCGCUCUGGAUAAGGGCGUCUGCUAAAUGACAAAAAUGUAAUGUAAAUGUAAGUCCCCGCAGCAACGUGAUGGGCGACUAACUUUUGGACAAGUAAAAAAUCUGUCCUACUUAUCUGAAGGACAGGUUGUAAAAAAAGUGAAUGUCAAGCCCUGAGAUGGCCAGAUUGGAGUUUGCGGCAAUGAAUGCUUUUAUACCUCCGCUAGUACACAGGACAACCGUGUGUAUACGGUAAGCUUCCUUAAGAGUACCGAGCGAUGAAAACACUUUUUGCCACAAGAUGAAAUGAUCUAUCAGUCAUAUGGCGGAGUCAAUUCCCGAUGUACAAUUCCCCAUUGCAAAGCCUUGUAUUGUAUUGGAGUGGGAGGUCUGUUAAAGCGCACUCUCUGGUUCUCUAAGGUGGUGGUGGCCACUAACAUAGCAGAGACGUCCAUCACCAUCAACGGCAUUGUGUUUGUGAUCGACUGUGCAUUUGUCAAGCUGCGGGCGUACAACCCUUGCACUGCAAUCGAGUCACUGGUGGUCACACCCAUCUCCAAGGCCUCGGCCAGUCAGAGGGCAGGACGAGGGGGACGCAACCGAGCCGGGAAGUGCUUCAGACUAUACACAGGUAGGUGUGGGGGGGGGGGCUGUCUCUGUGUGUGUUAUCGGAAAGGCCAUCGGUGAGGGGGGAAAAAAAUGUCAAGAUCAUCAAUGGAGAGUGAAUGAGAGCAGGGGAAGGGUGUGGCAUGCAGCCCUAUACUGCAGUGUGUGUUCUGACCUGUCUGUGUGUGCUCCAGAGGAGGAUUUUGAGAAGCUGCCUGCGUCCACGGUUCCAGAGAUGCAGCGUACCAACCUUGCCCCUGUCAUCCUGCAGCUCAAAGCUCUGGGCAUAGACAACGUGCUGCGAUUCAGCUUCCUCUCUGUGAGUCCAUCCAAUACAAUGUGUAGCCUUUGUGUGGAGCACUUUAAUCUCGGUUUACCAGGAACUAAAAUCUUCCGUAAUUUGGUCAGAUGCUCAAGUAGACUGUACAUGAGAUUUAAGAGCACUGAGAAAGGCACAUCAUUCUGAAAGCUGGUGAAUUGACUCAAAGAGCACCAAGAUGGGUUGUCAACAAUUAUUAACUUUGAUAGGCUGCGUAUUAAACUAACGUUAUAAUUGUUCCCCCGCUGUAGCCUCCUCCAGCCCAGUCCAUGGUCCAAGCCCUGGAGUUGCUCUAUGCCCUGGGGGGUCUGGACCAGUAUGGUCGUCUGACCGACCCUAUGGGAGUACGUAUGGCAGAGUUCCCCCUCAGCCCCAUGUUCGCCAAGAUGCUGCUGGAGUCAGGAAACUUUGGCUGUUCCAAGGAGAUCGUUACCAUAGCAGCCAUGAUGCAGAUCCAAAACAUCUUCAUGGUGCCAGCCAAUCAGAAGAAACCAGCAGUGAGUGCUGCAGAUGUCAUCAUGUUGAAUUCCCAGUCUAAAAACGUGCUGUUGUGAAGAUCUGUAUCGCUGUCUCUGUGCUUCCAGACUCCAAAGCUUUUACCACGGCUUCUACCAUCCUAAUCACCCCUCGUCUCCCUCUCUGUCUGCAUGUCUGGUCUUUACCUCCCUUCUUUCUCUCUCUGCUCCCAUUCUCCUCCCUCCUUCAUAGGCGCGGGAGCAUCGGAAGUUUGCUGUGGCGGAGGGAGAUCAUCUCACCAUGCUCAAUGUGUACGAAGCCUUCAUCAAGGUGGGCACUGCCACUGUGAACAUGGUCCAUGAACAAUGAACAGCAAAGCACUCUGAUAAAUGAUAUAAUAUUUUAGAUAAGAUUUAUAUAUUUUCAUAUCAGCUUUACUAAGCGUUUGCAUUUCUGAAAACUAUACUGAACAAAAAUAUAAACGCAACCAUUUCAAAGAUUUUACGACAUAUCUCCUUCGCAUAGAGAUGAUCAGGCUGUUGAUUGUGGCCUGUGGAAUAUUGUCUCACUUCUCAAUGGCAGUGCAAAGUUGCUGGAUAUUAGUGGGAACUGGAACACGCUGUCUUAAACAUAAUAAUAAUAAUAAUAAUAAUAAUAAUAAUAUGCCAUUUAGCAGGCGCUUUUAUCCAAAGCGACUUACAGUCAUCAAUCCAGAGCAUCCCACACCUGCUCAAUGGGUAAAAUGUCUGGUGAGUAUGCAGGCCAUGGAAGAACUGGAAUUUUAUUUUUUAUUUUAUUUAACCUUUAUUUAACCAGGUAAGCCAGUUGAGAACAAGUUCUCAUUUACAACUGCGACCUGGCCAAGAUAAAGCAAAGCAGUGCGAUAAAAACAACAACACAGAGUUACAUAUGGGGUAAAACAAAACAUAAAGUCAAAAAUACAACAGAAAAUAUAUAUACAGUGUGUGCAAAUGUAGCAAGUUAUGGAGGUAAGGCAAUAAAUAGGCUAUAGUGCAAAAUAAUUACAAUUAGUUUUAACACUGGAAUGAUAGAUGUGCAAGAGAUGAUGUGCAACUAGUGAUACUGGGGUGCAAAUGAGCAAAAUAAAUAACAAUAUGGGGAUGGGGUAGUUGGGUGGGCUAAUUACAGAUGGGCUGUGUACAGGUGCAGUGAUCGGUAAGCUGCUCUGACAACUGAUGCUUAAAGUUAGUGAGGGAGAUAAGUGUCUCCAGCUUCAGAGAUUUCUGCAGUUCAUUCCAGUCAUUUGCAGCAGAGAACUGGAAGGAAUGGCAGCCAAAGGAGGUGUUGGCUUUGGGGAUGACCAGUGAGAUAUACCUGCUGGAACGCAUACUACGGGUGGGUGUUGCUAUGGUGACCAAUGAUCUAAGAUAAGUCGGGGAUUUGCCUAGAAGUGAUUUAUAGAUGACCUGGAUCCAGUGGGUUUGGCGACGAAUAUAUUUUCAGCUUCCAGGAAUUGUGUACAGGUCCUUGUGACAUGGGGCCGUGCAUUAUCAUGCUGAAACAUGAGGUGAUGGCGGCGGAUGAAUGGCACGACAAUGGGCCUCAGGAUCUCUUCACGGUAUCUCUGUGCAUUAAAAUUGUAAUCGAUAAAAUGCAAUUGUGUUUGUUGUUCUUAGCUUAUGCCUGCCCAUACCAUAACCCCACCGCCACCAUGGGGCACUCUGUUCACAACGUUGAUAUCAGGAAACCGCUCGCCCACACGACGCCAUACACGCUGUCUGCCAUCUGCCUGGUAUAGUUGAAACCGGGAUUCAUCCAUGAAGAACACACUUCUCCAGCGUGCCGGUGAGCAUUUGCUCACUGAAGACGGUUAGGAUGCCAAACUUCAGUCAAGUCAAGACCCUGGUGAGGACGACGAGCACGCAGAUGAUCUUCCUUGAGACGGUUUCUGACUGCUGAAAUUCUUCGGUUGUGUAAAUGCACAUUUUCAUCAGCUGUCAGGGUGGCUGUUCUCAGACGUUCCCGCAAGUGAAAAAGCCGGAUGUGGAGGUCCUGGGCUGGCGUGGUUACAUGAGGCCAGUUGGACCUACUGCCAAAUUCUCUAAAACGUGGUGGCUUAAGGUUGAGAAAUUAACAUUCAAAUCUCUGGCAACAUCUCUGGUGGACAUUCCUGUAGUCAGCAUGUGGCAUUGUGUUCAAUCUGUGGCAUUGUGUUGUGAUAAAACUGCACAUUUUAUAGUGGCCUUUUUAUGUCCCCAGCACAAGGUGAGGCCUCCUGUAGCUCAGUUGGUAGAGCAUGGUGCUUGCAAUGCCAGGGUUGUGAGUUUGAAGAAUGUAUGCACUCACUAACUGUAAGUCGCUCUGGAUAAGAACGUCUGCUAAAUGACUAAAAUUUAAAAUGUGCACCUGUUUUAAUGAUCAUUUUCUUGGCAAAGGAGAAAUGCGCACUAACAGGGAUGUAAACAAAUUUGUGAACAAAAUUUGAGAGAAAUGCUUUUAUGUGUAUGGAACAUUUCUGGGAUUUCAGCUCAUGAAACAUGGGACCAACACUUUACAUGUUGUGUUUAUAUUUUUGUUCAUUGUAAGUAUAAGGGAAUAAAAGCUAAAUGGUAGACCAAAAGGUCAAAUCCAUUUAUCUCUAACCCCUCCCAUCCCUCCAGCACCAGAAGAGCUCUCAGUGGUGUCAGGAACACUUCCUCAACUACAAGGGUCUGCUGCGAGCCAUGACUGUACGAGAACAGCUCAGACGACUCAUGAACAAGUUCAAGGUGCCACGCACCUCCAGCGAAGGUGUGUGUACCCCACAUUUCUGUCCAGUUUGUAUCCUAUAUGUAAACCUCUUUACAGUGUUCAAAUUGAACAGGAAAUGAUGUUUUUGUCUUGUCCAGGUGACCCGGAUGUGAUCCUGAGAUGCAUCGUGUCUGGUUUUUUCGCCAAUGCUGCCCGCAUGCACCACUCAGGAUCCUACAGGUGUCUACCAACUCCCUGAAACACUGUUGUCUGUUGUUUUUGCCUUGACUAAGCUGAAUGUCUCUACUGUUAAUUCAUCCCCUCCUCACGCCUUCUGUCUCCCAGGACUCUACGGGAUGACAGAGAGCUUCACAUCCAUCCCAACUCUGUGCUGUUUGGAGAGAAGCCUACGAAGUGGUGAGGAUUUGGCCUUUACAUUGGGCCAGGGGUUCUCAAACCUCUCCUCGGGGACCCCAGAGGUUUCACAAUUUUGUUGUAGGCCUAAACUAGCUCAGCUGAUUAAUCUACUCAAGGGCAUGAUGAAUAGUUGACUGAAUCAGGUGUUCGAGCUCUGGAAUAGAUAAAAUAUGGCUGGGUGUCCCAGAGGAGAGGAAUGAAUCUCCUAGAUGUAUGCAUCUAAUACUGCCUUGACCUUUCUGCCUUGUCAUCCCCCAGGGUUGUCUUCAAUGAAGUCGUGCAGACCUCUAAGUACUACAUGCGUGAUGUCACAGCUGUAGAGUCCUCCUGGUUGGUCGAGCUUGCACCCCACUUUUACAAGGAGGCUAAGGUAUGAGAAAAACACUGUCUUUCUAGUACUCUACUCUCUUUUUCUCUCUUGUUUGUUCUGAGAGAGAAAAAAGCCCACCCAUAGCACAUAUUAAGGGUAAUUAUGUACACUACAACGACCAAAAGUAUGUGGACACCUGCUCGUCGAACAUCUCAUUCCAAAAUCAUGGGCAUUAAUAUGGAGUGGGUCCCCCCUUUGCUGCUGUAACAGCCUCCACUCUUCUGGGAAGGCUUUCCACUAGAUGUUGGAACAUUGCUGCGGGGACUUGCUUCCAUUCAGCCACAAGCAUUAGUGAGGUCGGGCACUGAUGUUGGGUGAGGCCUGGCUCGCAGUCGGCAUUCCAAUUAAUCCAAAAGAUGUUCAAUGGGGUUGAGGUCAGGGCUCUGUGCAGGCCAGUCAAGUUCUUCCACACCCAUCUCAACAAACCAUUUCUGAAUGGACCUUGCUUUGUGCACAGGAGCAUUGUCAUGCUGAAACAGGAAAGAGCCUUCCCCAAACUGUUGCCACAAAGUUGGAAGUAUAGAAUCGUCUAGAAUGUCAUUGUAUGCUGUAGCAUUAAGAUUUCCCUUCACUGGAACUAAGGGGCCUAGCCCGAACCAUGAAAAACAGCCCCAGACCAUUAUUUCUCCUCCACCAAACUUCACAGUUGGCACUAUGCAUUCGGGCAGGUAGUGUUUUUUUCCUAGCAUCCGCCAAACCCAUAUUAGUCCGUCGGACUGCCAGAUGGCGAAGCGUGAUUCAUCACUCCAGAGAACGCGUUUCCACUGCUCCAGAGUCCAAUGGCGGUGAGCUUUACACCACUCCAGCCAACGCUUGGCAUUGUGCAUAGUUAUCUUAGGCUUGUGUGCGGCUGCUCGGCCAUGGAAAUCCAUUUUCAUGACGCUUCCGACGAACAGUUCUUGUGCUGAUGUUGCUUCCAGAGGCAGUUUGGAACUCUGUAGUGAGUAUUGCAACCGAGGACAGAAGAUGUUUACGCGCUUCAGCACUCGGCGGUCAUGUUCUGUGAGCUUGUGUGGCCUACCACUUCGCGUCUGAGCCGUUGUUUCGCCUAGACGUUUCCACUUCACAUAACAGCACUUAGUUGACCAGGGCAGAAAUUUGACGAACUGGCAUCCUAUGACGGUGCCACGUUGAAAGUCACGGAGCUCUUCAGUAAAGCAAUUCUACAGUCAUGGUCAAAAGUUUUGAGAAUGACACAAGUAUUGGUCUUCACAAAGUUUGCUGCUUCAGUGUUUUUAGAUAUUUUUGUGAGAUGUUACUAUGGUAUACUGAAGUAUAAUUACAAGCAUUCCAUAAGUGUCAAAGGCUUUUAUUGACAAUUACAUUACGUUUAUGCAAAGAGUCUAUUUGCAGUGUUGACCCUUCUUUUUCAAGACCUCUGCAAUCCGCCCUGGCAUGCUGUCAAUUAACUUCUGGGCCACAUCCUGACUGAUGGCAGCCCAUUCUUGCAUAAUCAAUGCUUGGAGUUUGUCAGAAUUUGUGGGGUUUUUGUUUGUCCACCCACCUCUUGAGGAUUGACCACAAGUUCUCAAUGGGAUUAAGGUUUGGGGAGUUUCCUGGCCAUGGACCCAAAAUGUCGAUGUUUUGUUCCCAGAGCCACUUAGUUAUCACUUUUGCCUUAUGGCAAGGUGCUCCAUCAUGCUGGAAAAGGCAUUGUUCGUCACCAAACUGUUCUUGGAUGGUUGGGAGAAGUUGCUCUCUGAGGAUGUGUUGGUACCAUUCUUUAUUCAUGGGUGUGUUCUUAGGCAAAAUUGUGAGUGAGCCCACUCCCUUGGCAAUCCAAUCCCUGUACCUUUUGCAGAAUAUCAGUCUGUCCCUAAUGUUUUUCCUGGAGAGAAGUGGCUUCCUCUCUGCCCUUCUUGACACCAGGCCAUCCUCCAAAAGUCUUCGCCUCACUGUGCGUGCAGAUGCACUCACACCUGCCUGCUGCCAUUCCUGAGCAAGCUCUGCACUGGUGAUGCCCCGAUCCCGCAGAUGAAUCAACUUUAGGAGACGGUCCUGACGCUUGCUGGACUUUCUUGGGCGCCCUGAAGUCGUCUUUACAACAAUUGAACCUCUCUCCUUGAAGUUCUUGAUGAUCCGAUAAAUGGUUGAUUUAGGUGCAAUCUUACUAGCAGCAAUAUCCUUGCCUGUGAAGCCCUUUUUUGUGCAAAGCAAUGAUGACGGCACGUGUUUCCUUGCAGGUAACCAUGGUUAACAGAGGAAGAACAAUGAUUUCAAGCACCACCCUCCUUUUUAAAGCUUCCAGUCUGUUAUUCUAACUCAAUCAGCAUGACAGAGUGAUCUCCAGCCUUGUCCUCGUCAACACUCACCUGUGUUAAGGAGAGAAUCACUGACAUGAUGUCAGCUGGUCCUUUUGUGGCAGGGCUGAAAUGCAGUGGAAAUGUUUUUUUGGGGAUUAAGUUCAUUUUCAUGGCAAAGAGGGACUUUGCAAUUCAUCUGAUCACUCUUCAUAACAUUCUGGAGUAUAUGCAAAAUGUAUGUAGUUCAGUCCUUGAGCUGUUCUUGUCUAUCGAUGUUCUGUAUUAUUUCAUGUUUUGUGUGGACCUCAGGAAGAGUAUCUGCUGCUUCAGCAACAACUAAUGGGGAUCCUAAUAAAACACUAAAUACCAUAUGAUAUGUUUAUCUUUUUAACUGAUUCACUUUAUAUCCCUCUUGUUCUCUGUCUGUAUCCCUCUCUCCUUCUCCCCAUCUGUUAGCACGGGUCAUUGACCAGCAAGAGAUCCAGGGUCCUCUGAGCCAGCUUCUGUCCCCAGCUGUCAUAACUCUGACCACUAUGUCCUGGUUCCAACCCCUCACCCAGAGAGGACCAGCGCUAGGGGAACAGAGUCAUGGGAAGCAGGGUACUGGGAAAAACCCGAGGAGGAGAAAGGAGAACACCCCUCCUAAACCUACACUGUGCCCCCCAUUCCCAUCCCAAUACCCUCUUCCUUUCUAUCACCCUGUACAAAGAGAUGUAUUAUAUUUAUUUCCCAUUCCACACGGUAUUCACUAGAUGGCCAUGCUGUAACGGACAGAACAGAUGAGCAAGUACAUUAGCUAUUCGUUCUGAAUUUACAGAAGGGUUAGGG